AUGAAUAUUGGCCACGACUAUGACCGAGAUUAUUUGUCGCCAUCAAGCGAUUGUGUCAAUCUGGAAGAAGAAUCCGAGUAUUUCUCCGAAAAGCUGGAAAAUAUCGAUGCGAAUUUCAUCGACAAAGAUUUCCUCAAAUUCCACCUUCCUCUGAUCAACAAUUUUCUAUGGAAUAAUAAUAACAGUACAACCGAUGGAAAAGAUACAACAAAUGAUAGGGAAACCUCUAAUAUUCCAGAUAGUCGGUUCCAGAAUACGCGAAAAGAACAACUUCAAACCUUCUUGAAUGAUUUAUCAAAUGGGUUUUCCAUGAAAUUUGCCGCACAAAGAUUAAGUUAUCUAAGAUCAACAACAAGAAACUUCAUGAAUUCGUCCUAUCUCUCCUAUAAUACUAAUAACAAUACUAAUAACAAUACUAAUAGCAAUGAUGAUGGUAACAAUAAUAAUGCACCAACAAAUAGUCUACCCGAUAAUGGCCCAACAAUGGAAAAUAUCGAGCCCAGUGGGGUGGAUCUUGCGAUACAGCCCAUUGUACCUCCAUUGAUUGAUGAGGUAGUCUAUCCUAAGACCACAAAAAAGAAAAAGAGGAUCACAAAGCGGAAGAAGAAAUCAGCAAAAAUGAGAAGAAAGGAUUUCAAUAAUAGGCCAGCUUUCUCUGAAUCAGACUCCAAUUACUAUUUUUCAGAAACUGAUGAGGAAUACAUGGAUACCAUGAGACUUUUUAAGAAUUAUGAAGCCUAUGUGAACUUAGAUGCAGAAGAAUAUAAGCAUCCUGAUAUUUUGCGGAAAAGAAUCAUCACAAUUACUAAAAUUCAUGGAUUAAGUGACAAGCAUAAGGGCCAAUUGGUCCAGCGCUUAAUGUUGGGCCGUACGAGGAUCAUUAAUGAGAGAAUGUCAGAGGAAAUCGCUAAUAUGAAGAUUGAAGAAAAUGAAGAUUGGGAUAUUGACGAGGCUGACGAGUCCGAUGAAGAAAUUGAUGAUAUUAAGGGUGAAGAAGAAGAACAAGACGAAGAAAUAAAAGAGCAAGAAGAAGAAGAAGAAGAAGAAGAAGAAGAAGAAGAUGAUGAUGAAGAUGAUGAUCAGCAAGAAACAAAAACAAUAGGAAAAGCAACUGGUGAUAAAAUGGAGAAUGGGAAACUUCCAAGUGUCAAGAUUUUGUCAGUUGAAGAACGAGAAUCUUUCCAUAAUGAGGACGAGCAAAUUUAUGGGUGCCCACAUUAUCAAACAAGUUGCAAAUUACAGUGUCCCACAUGCCUUAAGUUCUACGCCUGUCGAAACUGCCACGAUGCUCAAGAACAUACCCAUUUGAUGUCCAGAAAAGACGUCCAUACAAUCGCCUGCAUGGUAUGUGGUAAUAUUCAACCACCAGAAGAAGAAUGUAUUGAAUGUGAGAAUGUUUUUGCCGAUUAUUUUUGUGAAAAAUGCAAAUUAUACGACAAUGAUCCCAAUAAGAAUAUUUAUCAUUGUGAAGACUGUGGAAUUUGUCGAUUAGGGCUUGGUUUAGGGGUAGAUUACUAUCAUUGCCAUGGCUGCAAUGCGUGUAUUUCGGUAUUGUUAGAAAACGAUCAUAAAUGUAUUGAAAAUCGUACGAAAUGCAACUGCCCCAUUUGUGGGGAUUUCAUGUUCACUUCCAAGAAAAAAGUGGUGGUUAUGCCAUGUGGGCAUGCCAUUCAUCAACAUUGUUAUGAUGAGUACGUGAAGAAUUUUUAUAAAUGUCCUAUUUGCUCGAGAACCAUUAUUGAUAUGGCCGCCAGAUUUAGAGAGAUUGAUGAAGAAAUUGAAAUUCAGCCGAUGCCCGAACCUUACAAUCUUUGGAAAUGUGUGAUUGCGUGCAAUGAUUGCAACACCAAAUCAGUUUGUAAUUAUCAUAUAUUAGGAUUGAAGUGUGAUAUUUGCCAAAGUUAUAACACUGCCCAAGUCCGAUUGAUCAAGCCGGAAGAUAAUGUUUCCAGGAACGCUGUUAUGUCCGAGGAUGGGAUUAUCACCAACACUGAAUAUGAAGAAGACGAGGACUUUACGGUAGACGAUUAUGCCAAAACUUUGGGGAUCAAUAAUAAUCAAAAUAACAAUUUAUUAAAGACUUUCUUCAAUGAUAAUUCCGAACACAUUCCGUCUGACAAGGCCAAACUCCCACCAAAGAAGGCCAAUAAGAAUCAAAGACAUAGAAGGGGCGAUAGUGUUAGCAAAAGGACAAAAGGGCGAACUAAAAGUCGUUCUAAUAGUCUCAUGUAUAAUCAACAGGAGAAUAUCGGUGCUACUGGUGUUGGAUAUACCAAAAAAUUCACCAGUCCAGUGAUUUCCAAUACGUUUACCAAUAACAUUAGAAGCAUGAUCAAUUCUGCCACCACAUCAACAAAUAACUACUACAAUGAUUUCAUUACCGCGGCAUUAGAAAGUCUCGAUAAAAAGAAUUUUGGUGAAGAGGAGGCAUUCACUGAAGGGGAUCUUAUUAAUUUGAAUAAAAUCAACAAUUUGAACUUUCAAGAUUUUUUCAAUGGGAAAAAUUUCAAAGGCAAAGAAAAAUAUGGGUCAUCCCAAAAUGACAAUGCUGCUACUAAUAACUUGAAUAUCCAUACAGAAAGUGGUAUGGGAGGUAAAGCUGUUGAUACUAUUGACGAAGAAGACUUGGGACCUGCUGAUAAUAGCUUGCCAUCCUUAGGAUAUGUGCUUAAAAAAUGGGUAAAUUCAACCGCAGGUAUAUCAGAUACUGAAGAUGAAGAGUUGAGUGAUGAAGAAGAAGAUGAGGCGAAUGAUGAGGCGAAUGAUGAUAAUGAAGAAGAAGAAGACGAAGACGACGAAGUGAUGUACAAUGUUCAGGCGCUAAAUCAGAGGUAA